UACUGCAGUGCACUUCAGCUGAACCUCGGCGCGCGCGCUGAGCUCCGGCACCGGCGGUGCGCGCGCAUCCGGUGCUCUCAGGCGGAGAAGCAGCACUCGUCUGUAUGUCCGCCAAAAGCAGGCUGUCAAAAUACCAUAAAAGGGUGUCGGUGCCCGGGGAUGAUGAUGAGCAGCGUUGGAAAGAGGAGAACGGCGGUGUGGAUGCACGUUACUUGAAAUCCGUGAAGAGUACCAGAGACGCGCCGCACUACUACCGAUACAACAUGAAAACUCUGGACUCUUUUCCAGCACGGAGGAUGACCCUGCAGCGUGAGAAGGGUCGUCGGCAGGCAGUUCGUGGCCCGGCGUUCAUGUUUAAUGAACGCGGAAGCAGUCUAACAGCCGAGGAGGAGCGUUUCCUUGAUGCAGCCGAGUAUGGCAACAUCCCGGUAGUGCGUAAGAUGCUGGAAGAAUCACCCACCCUUAAUGUGAACUGUGUGGAUUACAUGGGCCAAAAUGGGCUGCAGUUGGCUGUGGGCAAUGAGCACCUGGAGGUGACUGAGCUGCUCUUGCGGCGAGAGAACCUGGCACGUGUUGGUGAUGCCCUCCUGCUGGCCAUCUCAAAGGGCUAUGUGCGCAUUGUGGAAGCGCUGUUAGGCCACCCGUCAUUUGCUGGUGGAGAGAGGCUCACACACAGCCCAUGCGAGCUGCAGGAUGACGAAUUUUAUUCAUACGACGAAGACGGCACUCGCUUCUCACCUGAUAUCACACCCAUCAUCCUAGCCGCCCACUGCCACAAGUACGAAGUGGUGCACAUGCUGCUGAUGAAAGGUGCGCGCAUUGAGCGGCCGCACGACUACUUCUGCAAGUGCGCCGACUGCACGGAGAAACACAGGAAGGACUCAUUCAGCCACUCCAGGUCCAGAAUCAACGCAUACCGUGGUCUGGCCAGUCCAGCAUACCUCUCGCUCUCCAGUGAAGACCCCGUUCUCACCGCGCUGGAGCUCAGUAAUGAGCUCGCCAAGCUGGCCAACAUCGAGAAGGAGUUUAAGAAUGACUACAGGAAAUUGUCUAUGCAGUGUAAGGACUUUGUGGUGGGCGUGUUGGACCUGUGCAGGGACACUGAGGAGGUGGAGGCCAUCCUGAACGGAGACGUAUCUGCUGAGCUGGAGGCGGGCCAGCACCAUCGCUCUCUCCUCAGCAGAGUCAAACUGGCUAUUAAAUACGAAGUCAAGAAGUUUGUGGCCCAUCCUAACUGCCAGCAGCAGCUGUUGACUAUUUGGUACGAGAACCUGUCAGGCCUCCGAGAGCAGUCCAUCGCAGUGAAGUGUCUGGUGGUGCUGGUGGUAGCUCUAGGCCUCCCCCUACUGGCUGUGGGGUAUUGGUUUGCUCCAUGCAGCAAGCUGGGUAAAGUUCUUCGCAGUCCCUUCAUGAAGUUUGUGGCACACGCUGCAUCCUUCAUCAUCUUCCUCUGCCUGCUGGUUUUUAAUGCAUCUGACCGGUUCGAGGGCAUUAGCACUUUGCCCAAUGUCACAGUCACAGACUACCCACUGCAGAUCUUCAGAGUGAAGACCACUCGCUUCUCAUGGACUGAGAUCCUCAUCAUGGUGUGGGUGGCAGGCAUGAUGUGGUCAGAGUGUAAGGAACUAUGGACAGAAGGGCCGAGGGAAUACAUACUGCAACUGUGGAACGUUCUGGACUUUGGCAUGCUGUCUAUCUUCAUUGCAGCAUUCACUGCCCGCUUCUUCGCCUUCCUGCAGGCCAUGAAAGCGCAGGAGUAUGUGGACGAGAAAAUCCACGCUGCAGACCUCUCUCUGGUCACGCUCCCGCCUGACAUCAAGUACUUUACAUACGCGAGAGAUAAAUGGCUUCCCUCAGACCCUCAGCUCAUUUCAGAGGGCCUGUAUGCCAUUGCUGUUGUCCUGAGCUUCUCUCGUAUUGCCUACAUCCUCCCAGCCAACGAGAGCUUCGGCCCACUGCAGAUCUCUCUGGGACGCACUGUGAAGGAUAUCUUCAAGUUCAUGGUGCUCUUCAUCAUGGUCUUCCUCGCAUUCAUGAUCGGCAUGUUCAUCCUCUACUCUUACUACCUGGGAGCAAAGGUUAACCCUGCUUUUACUACAGUGGAGGAGAGUUUUAAAACUUUGUUCUGGUCCAUAUUUGGCUUGUCUGAAGUCUCCUCUGUGGUCCUGAAGUACGACCAUAAGUUCAUAGAGAACAUCGGCUAUGUCCUGUAUGGGAUAUAUAAUGUAACUAUGGUGGUGGUUCUGCUGAACAUGCUCAUUGCUAUGAUCAACAGCUCCUAUCAGGAGAUAGAGGAUGACGCAGAUGUGGAGUGGAAGUUUGCCAGGUCUAAACUCUGGCUGUCAUAUUUCGAUAACGGUAAAACCCUACCACCUCCCUUCAGUAUCGUGCCCAGCCCCAAGUCCUUCGUUCACUGCAUCAGCAAACUCAUUAGUCUGUUGCGUUGCCGACGGCGACCGCUCAACAAAGAUGUGGAGCUUGGCAUGGAGAACUCCAAGUCUAGACUAAACCUGUUUACGCAGUCCAACAUGCACAUGAGUGAGUCGCACAGCUUCAACAGCAUCCUCAACCAGCCCACGCGCUACCAGCAAAUUAUGAAACGGCUCAUAAAACGCUACGUCCUGAAAGCACAAGUGGACAAAGAAAACGAUGAAGUCAAUGAAGGUGAGUUGAAAGAGAUCAAGCAGGACAUCUCUAGUCUGCGCUAUGAGCUGUUGGAGGACAAAUCCCAGGCCACAGAGGAGCUGUCUACGCUCAUUCAAAAACUCAGUGAGAAAAUACACACAUCUUAAGCUUACUCUGGGACAGUGAGCAUCUCUCAAACAGCCAGGACUAUGCAGAUCAUCAUGUCUGAGAUGAGAUGAUCACUUGUGGCUUGUUGCCAGUGGAAUGUGGAUUGAGUUUUUGUUGUCACCUGCCACAACAAGCUGGGUUUGUCAGUGUCUCAGUGUGAAAAUUCAGCAUGAUAUUGCUGAAUAUUUUUCCCUCAUACACACGCACACAUGCACACACAAACCCUCUCUCUCUCUCUCACACACACACACACACACACACACAAACAAACAUAUAUACAGUAAAUCCACUGUCUGGAUUUAGCUUUAGGUUCAAUAUGUAGAGAGCAUGGAGAGCAGAAAUAUAUCUAUUACUAAUCCAAUCAAUUUAACUCAACUCAAUAAUUCAAUAACCAUAAAUAAAUAAACCAGUUUAGUGCAGGGGUUCCCAAACUAGGAGUUAGGAGCCCAUGUGGGGUCAUUUGAUUUGAAAGAAACUUCUUCAAGAUAUUUUAUUUUAUAGAUUUUAUUCAUUUAUUUUGCAAUGUUUUAUUAUGAAUAUCACUCUUACUAUGAAAGCACUGCCACUUGAAGAGCAUAUGUGAUAUUUCAGCAAUAAAAACGGACAUCUACCUCCACCAGUUCAUUGACAACAUCAAGUGACUCCGACUCAGUCGAGAAAGCAAACAUAAACACAUGCCAAACACACAAUAUGAAUUUGUAUUGAAUUAAAUUAUAACUAUAGAAUAAGAAAGUGUAAAGGAGUCAGGUCUCGGGUACACAGAAAAAAAAAUCAUAAUGUCUUUUUUCCAAAAUGUUUGGGAACCCCUAAUUUAGUGAUUUAUUGACAAAUUUAAUGAUAGAUAUACAGUAUAUUUCAUUUUGCAUGUACACUACCAGUCAAACGUUUUUGAACAUUUAAUAAUAAUAUUUUUUGGUUUAACUUCUUGAAACUGAGUUGCACUGAAAUGCUCUGUAAUUAGAAACUCUUAGUAGGAAAUAGGUUUGCGAGAAAUGAGUAACAUUGUGAAUUUAUUUUGCUGAAUAAGAACAUGUAGAUGACAAGGCAUUUGAUAAAGCACUUGUUUUUAGU